AUGUCUGACGAAAAUGUCAGUAGUUUUAAAGAUGCCAAUGAAAAACUUAUUCGAGAUUUCAAAGGUGAAAUUGACAAAUUAAAUAGAGACAUACCAGAAGAAGCUAGAGAUUGGAUCAAAGAAAAACUUGCAAAUGGACCAUUUAAAAAUUUUUAUCAAUAUGUCGAUCAACAUGAAAACGAAGUUGUUCAAAUAGAUUAUAAUUUUUCGGGGAAAAAGCCAGACAAAACAGAAUGGCGAUUACGAUUAACGAUCAAUGCAGAUAUGCCAAAUAAAGCAAGAAAUCAAAAAGCACAUUUUGGUGGUGAAGUUUAUUUGAACAAUGAUAGAAAAGCAAAUAUUCAUAAAUGGCUUCCCGACGGUAUGCUAAAAAUUGGAAGACCAACUGAAAGAGGUGUUGAACUCGAAAAAUAUCCGUCAGCUCCAGAAGAGCACAAAAAUUUUCAAUUUGGAGGUACUGCUAACUGGACUAGCGAAUCAUCUAAAUAUCCUCUGACGAAAUUUUAA